AGAGACUCUCCUUUUAGUGCCUGGCAUUAUUCUAAUAACCCUCUUCUGAAUGUAAAAUACUUUUUUGCUGUCCAUUGAAAAUAACAGCAGAUUUCGAUGGUACAGGGCAGAGAUAGGCUAGACUUGCUUGAAUUGUGUAGUGACAGCUAUCAGCAUUGAUACUGUAUCAUGAGUCUGGCAAUGUUGGAAAAACGAUGUAGAAGUGCGAACAAAAAAAUGGUACAAUAUAUAAUCACCUACAUAGUUUAUCUCUAACCAUAAUGGGAAAGCAAAACUCAAUUUUUAGAAAUCUGUUUUAUCAUGAAGUUGUGUGGGAAGUGCCUCUGUAGCCAAGCCAGGAAUCUGAAUGAAUGUCGGCAGUGCUGUGCGGGCAAGAAAUUUAAAGACAGUAUUUGUAGUCAUCAACAUGUUUCACUUUGAUUAUUUGAUGCCGUGGAAACUUUCAAUGAAUGUGCUGCAAAGAGUAGGGAUCGGUACCAAGUACCACAUUGACAAUAGUGAACACCUUGAACAAAGAAAGGACAAGAAGCGUAGAAUUGUUUUAAACAGACUUUAAGUGAAUGCAAGACUACAGAGAAGCAGUGCAUAUAGAAGACUGGGAUGAAAUGGAAGAACACCCUGAUUACUUCAGACUUCAGAGCUGGACAACUCAAUGCGGUCCUUCUUGAGCGGAACUUUGACUGUCCUGGCGUUACUGAACAGCGUUUGCGCCUGGGGUGGGUUGUUCAACAGGUUCAGCCCCGAGAUGCUAAGCAACCUAGGAUACGGAAGUCACGGUGGCUACCGGGCACAGCCGUUCCUGCAGCAGCUGAACCCAGUGGAAGUGUUCCAGGAGCUGCAGGAAGACGAGGAGCCAUGCUAUGGCAAGAAGUGCACAGCAAAUGAGCACUGCUGCCCAGGUUCCGUGUGCGUUGAUGUGGAUGGAAUAGUGGGGUCAUGCCUGUUUGCGUAUGGGCUAAAGCAGGGUGAGCUAUGCCGAAGGGAUAAUGACUGUGUGACAGGACUGCUCUGCACCGAGAUCAUCGGCGAAGGACGCACUUGCCAGCCGCCCACGUCCAACAAGAAGCUAUACAGUGAAGACUGCACUAUGAGUAGUGAGUGUGAUAUUGGAAAGGGACUCUGUUGUCAGCUGCAGCGGCGCCAUAGACAGGCAGCUCGCAAAGUUUGCUCCUACUUUAAGGACCCACUUAUUUGCAUUGGCCCAGUUGCCACUGACCAGGUGAAGGACAACAACAUAGAACACACAGCAGGUGAGAAGCGCCUCACUGGCAAGGCUGUCUCUGUGAACGCCUUUGGCCACAUGCAUCGCCGCAAGUAGGCCUACCACAUCUCUCUGUUUUCUAAGACAUAAAUCCAGGCAGGCAGGUACUAAGAGGAGUUAUAUUUUAACAAAUGUUAAGAAUCUGUAUCUUGUAUUUUUGUCCAUCCUCUCAUAUCAGUCACAAGCAUUAUUGAUGUAUGAGAAUAAAUUAUUUAUAAAGAGACCUUCGGUGUUCCAUACAGCAACUCUUGUUAAUAUAUUAACAUCAGUCAAUUUUAUAAACAGAAACUAUGGCAUUUAGAUAUGCAAUGUGAUGGUACACAAGCACCCCUUCUUGCAUGUUGGGACGGGUCCUGCAGUAAUUAUCUGGUUGCUGAACACACACUUCAUUUAACAGCAUCAUUAAUUUAAGAUUCAUAAUGUAUAAAUAUCUAUUAUGUAGGAUGUAAAAUUUUGUUUGAACUAAUAUAUUCACAAAUUACUUUAAAAUGAUUAUGAUUAUGAUUAUGAUUGUGAUUACUUAAAGAUGGCUUGAAGAAGCCACCUAGUUAUCAUUAUUGAACAGUCAGUCAACUGAUGCUGAUAAGUUCAUUGCUUUAUUGUUCCGCAAAUGUGUUGUUUUCAUUUACGGUUUAGGUUUCAGCCAUUGGUAUUCUGUAUGCUCUUUCCCAUUUCUUGCUGUCUGUUUAUUCCAACAGUACUGAUCCACUAGAGCGAGCACAUAACGUGCCCAGGAUAAUAAGUGUGUUUCAGAAAAUGUCAAUCUGUUCAGUGGACAAAAUACUUAACAAAAUUUAACAUAUUACAGCCCAGAAUCUGUAAACUUUUUAACUGUCAAUUAACUUGGCCACUAAAGAACUUUUGGACAUAAAAUGUGGAAUUUGCUAUACCAGUGAUAUAAUUUUUCUUGUAAAAUGAUGUAAAAAUUCAAAAAAUUUUGGUUAGAAUGUCAUAACAGUAUGGAGAUUUAAUAUAUGCCCAGAAAAGUAAAAUUAAUUAUAAAGAUUACACCUGUGGGACUCUGAAAGAAAAUAUGUAAGCCUUUACUGAAAUACUUUUCUUUCAAAAGAGAAAUAAUGGCUAGUGAUAAAACUGUAGCUGUAAAAGGAACUUCUAUAAUGUAACAGAUAAUAAACCCAAUUUACAGAGACUCCGUGUUUUAACUGUGGUGUAUGUUCUGUUCCACACAAUCAGCACUGCAUAAACACAGCAUAUGUUUCGUUUGUGUACCACAUAUAAGCAUAAACUAUUAGAAAUUCAGGCAAUUCUUACUAUGUCAUUUAGGAGUUAAAUACUAUGAGCUAAGAGCAACUGUUACUGGCUGAGGCACAGCAUUCCAUACCUAAUAAUAUUUGAUGUUCCUAAAUGUAGAUCCUGCGUGUUGUGAUUCGGUGUUUCUAUUUGUAUUAAAUAGGGGAACUCUCUUUUACUUUAAUUCUGUCAAAGUGUGGUGAAUUGUAGGCAGGAGAGAAAUUGGCAUUUAGCCAGCUCAACAUCAUCUCAGCAGCCUAUCCUAUCCACCGAAAAAGAAAGCCUGAACGUCAGAAACUAAACAUAUCACUGACAAUGCAUUGUUUCUAACAUACAAGGUAACCAAAAAGUUUUAAAAUGCAAACAUAUCAAAAUAUUUGAGAAUGUGAUGUACAACAGACAUAUCAGCAAUGUUAAUAGCUAAGUUUACUGUCUCUGUAUUUUAAAAGAAUAUAUAUGUAUAUAUGUACCAUUUUAAACAUACUCUCCCUUUGCUGUAUUACAGUGCUGUCAGCUGUGUGCAGUCAUACAUAGUGGCGGGGGGGCACUGUACUUUUGUGUAUGUUGUACGUAAUUAAGAUGAUGUAAUUAUAAUGUAUUCUAGAAAUUACAGCAAACUUGCAACCUU